AUGUCUUUAUUUGAAAAAGCACUAGCUAAUGUUAUUGCACAAGCAACAAAUGAAUACCAAGUUAUUGCAAAAAAUGAUCCAAAAGUUGAAAGUACAGAAGAUGGAACCUCUAGAGGAGAAUUCCUUGAUCUUAUUUUAAAAGCACAGCAAAAAGAACGAAAGUUAUUAUGGGAUAAAUUGUAUAAGCUUGAAAGUAAACAAAAUCAACAAAAAAAUAAGCUAUUUGGAGACACAGCAGAGCCUACAAUGGAACAUAGACAAUUAAAAACAUUGAUGUAUGAACAUCAGGAUUUGUUUGAUGCUGUUGCUGAAGAAGCUAAUAAGAUUGAAGAUGUAGAGCAAACUGAUAAUUCUAUUUUAGAAAUUGAAUUUAGAGAACAAUUAAAUAUAGAAAUUCAACAAUAUGAAAUAGCAAAUCGAUUUAUACAAACACAACUUGAUGAAGUCACCGAAUUAUUAAAAAGUGAAAAAAGAGUGCUUAACGAAUGUUUUGAAAUCUAUGAUGCUUUAAAAGCUAAAAAAAGAGAAUUAUCGGAAGAACAACAUGUACAAGCCUAUCCUGAUCAGUUACGGCAAGAACAACUGAUGUUAGAAGCACUUUAUAAACAAGAUACUAAUGAUUUAAUUGAUUUUAUUGAUGAACAUUAUCCUCCACAUCCUGUUGAUAAUGCUGGAGAAUUAGGUGAUGAAUGUGAUUUAAAAACCAUGUUGGAGCAAUUGAUGAAUCAAGCCAUUAUUACAUCAGAUAAUCCUUAUAUUAAAUUACAACCUGGUGAAUACUGGUCACCUUAUAUUCAAACACUACUAAAAGCAGAUAUUCUAAAAUAUCAUCCUGAAGAUUCUACACUUGUUCGAUUGCAAGAUUUUAAGUUAUAA